CCGCGUUCUACAAAAACGAAUUAAUUUUCGCACUUUUCAGAAGCAGCUUUUUGAGGUAGAAUACCUUUGACAUCCCUGUAUGUUUAUUUGAAAUUAAAUACUGUAAAUGAAUAAAACAUCUAUUUGGUUUAAUUUGGUUCUUAAAAAUGUGUUUCUUUAUGUGCUUCAGUGAACGAUCAAUCAGUUUAAAUUUUUCAGUCGUGACUGUGAGCAUAACCUCAUCGAGUCGAAAGCAGUUCUUGCGUGAAAUUGCAAGUAAAAGCCAAUCGCCAUAAGCGUAUAUACAAGCCAAGCAAAAGGAUCGUUCCGAUUCCCCUUCUUACCCGCUACUUUACUCUGAAUCCAGCUCGGUUUUCUGGUAUUCACUUCGUCUUAAGCUGCAUCUGACCCCGACUGCGUCGUAAUUGAAAACAAGGCUUCAAUGAGCACGUUGCUUACAUACAUUAGCAUAACACUCGCUGCAGUGCACUACAACUAGUCGUAUUCUAUAGCAGAAUGGCCGAUUCUUCAACCGCCUCUAAAGUCAAAAAGGGGUUCUUGAGAAGACAAGGUAAUGGGAAUUUUUGCACCUCUUGCUUGCGUGCCUUCUUCCGCCGUGUCCGCAGUGAUCUCAUGCUCACUCUGAUACUGAUUGGAGUAGUUAUUGGUUUUAUUAUUGGGGCCCUGAUCAAUGGAACAGUCAACGACAUCACCGACAUUGAAAAGAAAACUACAGUUAUAAUGUUGGUUGGAUUUCCGGGGGAGCUGUUCAUGAACAUGCUCAAAUUGUUAAUCCUUCCUCUGAUCGUCGCCAGCCUCGUAACCGCUGUUGCAUCCUUAGACGCAGAAGCAACGGCCAAAAUAGGUCGUCGCACGAUAACCUAUUACCUAAGCACGACCUUCAUGGCCGUUGUUCUUGGGAUUGUGUUGGUGACGAGUAUUAAGCCUGGCGAAGGAGGGAAGCCUGUCACAGAUAUCGUCAAAGAGGUGCCGAAAUUUCGCAAUGUGGAUUCUUUUCUGGACUURAUCAGGAAUUUGUUCCCACCCAACAUCGCUGAAGCUACUUUCAACCAGAGGCAGACGAGGUACGCCAACCUACCCGCCAAGUAUCGAGUCUUCAACAAGACCGUUGAAAGUACCACUCAGCUCAAUACAACUGAUGGAAUCCUAGCGGAAUUCAACGUGAAUGCCACCCACAAGAUCGUCACGGUCAAGCAUAUGGUUAGAAAAGCUUAUGAUCAAAUACCAAACGGAACUUUACCUGUUCAUGGAAGCUCAAUGAAUGUGCUUGGGCUUGUACUGUUCUCCAUCGUGAUGGGAGCCAUGUUGAGCAAGAUGGGGGAAAAGGGGUUGCCGUUGAAAACAUUCUUCGAGGCGCUGAAUGACGUGGUGAUGAGAAUGGUGAUACUUGUUAUGUGGUACUCGCCGAUUGGAAUCUGCAGUCUUAUUGCCUCCAAAGUAGCAGGAAUGGGCGACAUUUUAUUUUCUUUGAAGCUCUUAGGAAUGUUCAUGCUAACCUCCAUCCUUGGAAUUCUCCUCCAUACCUUUGUCACGCUACCUCUUGUAUACUUUAUCUUUACAAGAAAUAAUCCGUUUAAGUUCAUGGCUAAGAUGCGUGACGCGCUCAUCACGGUCUGGGGGACAGCCUCCAGUGCUGCAACUCUUCCAACAACAAUUCGAUGUACAGAAGAGAAUCUUGGUAUUGAUCCCCGCAUCACCAGGUUCGUGUUACCCCUUGGAGCUACAGUCAACAUGGAUGGUACCGCUCUGUAUGAAGGCGUAGGGGCGAUAUGGAUUGCUCAAAUAAACAACAUACCACUUAGCAUCGGACAGAUCAUAACGACGAGCAUCACAGCCACUGCUGCCGCAAUUGGAGCCGCCGCUGUUCCAUCAGCAGGUCUUAUCACCAUGGUGAUUGUCUGUCAAGCCAUCAAUGUUCCACCAGAUGAUAUUGGUCUGAUCUUCGCGGUCGAUUGGUUUAUAGAUCGAUUCCGUGGUCUCCCGAACAUCAUGGGUGACGCCUAUGGCUGCGGUAUUGUCGAGAAAUUAUCCACGCAUGAACUGAAGAAGGAAGCUUCCCCGGAUGUUGAAAAACAAGAUGAUGAAGAACUGAAAUCCUUGGAUAAUAAUAGCUCUCCUUCAGACGGCGAUGAAGAGAGCGUGUUUUGAAUAGGACUGUAUCAGUUCUAUGUACACUCGAAUAAAAUGCUUGGCCUGAAACAGAUCGUAAAACAUGAGUAAAAACAACUAGCUUCAAUUUACUCCGACGAAGGACUAACGUCCGAAACGUCAGUCUACUAUCUUUCGUACCUACGGUGAUGAUAUUAUCUACUACGACACAUUAGCUUCAAUCACAUUGGAUGAUGUAUGUUAACUCAGAAAUGACUUCAAUCAGAUUAAUUUUGUAUUGGAUAACGUAACGUAAUAUUGGGAAAUUAAACGAGAUUUACCUGUAA